AUGGUCCGGCUGACAGUCUCUGAAGUCUAUACCUUUCUAGACAACCGUGCAGUACCUGCUCAAGAUGGCGAUGAGCAUUCGAAACCAUUACCAUCUGCUUUAGGUCCUGUGCUGCGUGAGCCAUCACCAAUAAAAUCGAUGGGAGCCACACCCUCGCUUUCAAACAGAACGGUAUCAACAUUGCGUUCACUCAACGCCACACCCAUCCGAUCUCCAAGUAACUCUUGGCGACUUAGCUCAGCUCAGCGCAGUGCGAAACUUGCAAGCCUAUCAACAUCGACAGGUUCCUCCUCCCUAAAAUUUGGACUGGUAUCACAGAAUCCCACUCCUUCCAAACAGAGACUGCAAAGGGAGCAUGCAGAUACGGAUGCCGCUCCCGCUGGAACAAAACCUUGUAUCGUUGUCCCAAAACGAAUUACGCCGUUUGCUACACAAGUGACUAGAACUCCCACACGCCCCUACCUCAACAAGGACGCAUUUUUUUCCAUACAACCAACUGCCCACGGCGCUUCGACUUCCUCUGCAUUGCGUAUGCCAGCGUCAGCUUCACGGAUUCCCCUCGGUACACCAAGUCGAGUCGUUAAACGCUCUGCCCUUUCCUUAGCAGAACCCACACGUAUGCACUCACCUUCUCGUGCCGCUACUGUGUCACCGUCAGCCAGAUCGACUUCUCCAAAAUACGCGCUCAGUGACAGCAAUUUGGAACCUUGCUCCUCCCCUUCCUCUCCAACACCCAUCCUUGCGGGCAACAGAUAUAACCUGGACGCUGCUGAAACACGGGAUCUUCUGACGAAACCAUUGGACGAAGAGCUGAAGGUCUUUGUGCACCCCAAGCUCACACAAGAGCUUCAUGAUUUGCGCGAUGCAGAUUUAAAUGCCGUUGCCCAUGUUUCAUAUGCCAAAAAAAAUAGCAAGGAAACGAGCCCUGAAAUAACGCAGCUACCUCCUUCUUCCCCUUCAAUUCCAAUUUUGCCAAAAAGUACCGUGACUCGAAUUACAAAGGAAAACACGAAACGUAACAAAAAAUAUCGCUGCAAUUUCGAAAAGGUUAUCGUCACGGAAACGAAAUCGCGACCACCGUCACCAAACGCUCGGCUGAUGUCAGUCCAAGCGCGACAGGAACGAAGUCGGCGGGACCAAUGGGCCAAGGACAAGGGUUACUCUUUUGCUGCUGGCGACGAGGAGUGUUGGAACCCGAACUCACCAGCGGUUAACACACGUUCUGUGAAAUGGGCUCCCGAAAUUGAGUGUGAUGCUCAGUCCCUGAAACGCAGCUCACCUAGCACUGUCGCCGAUCGGCCUAUGAAGGGAUGCAUAGCUUCAAAAAAGGUACGUCGAAAAGGCUAAACGAAGGAACACUAUGUGUCACUCGGCUGCAAUUGGUAUUUGUAAUCGAAUUGAAUUGACUCGGUGUCUCGUCUACAUGCACUCUAUCUAACAGCUAAAGAAAGUGGAAUUAGAUGAUUGCGGGAAUGCAAUCCUGCCG